AUGUUUCAAUCAAUUAGACAAUUCUCCCAAUCUUCUGUUAGAUCAGCCUUUGCUAAAAUGCAAUUAUUCGGUUCUGUUGGAAAUAUCUCCGCUAAAGAAACCAAAAAUGGUGUUCCAUUCAUCACUUAUUCAUUAGCUGUUAACAGAUUUGCUCCAGGGGAAGAAAAUAAUUCAACUACUGACUGGUACAACAUCGCUGUUUUCAAUGAUAAACAAGUUCAAUUCUUCAAUGACUACUUAAAGCCAGGUAUGCAAUUAUAUGUUGAAUGUGAUGUCAGACAAAAUGCUUACAUUGACGAAACUGAAACUAAAAGAUACUCAACCAACUUAACUCAAACCAGUUAUGAUGUUAUUAGAUUCGCCAAGAGAGAACAACCUGAAGAAGUCGAAGAAUCUGCUUAG